AUGGUGGCUGCAGAGAAUGAAACAAAGAACGACAGCGGUGGACCAAAGCAGCCUCCACAACCACGAGGAUCCAACAAUAAAAAGAAGGGAAAGCAAACGAAAACAGGCGGUACGAAGAACACGAAUAAUGGCCAGCAGAGAAAAAAAACGAAUGACAACUCCAAGAGUCCAAGUCCAAAGAACAGUGGCAAUUCGAAUAAAAAGAAUAAGGAGAAACAGAAUUCACAAGGUGAGCCGAAUGAUGGGAACAAAGCUGCGGCUGACGGUGGAGGUGCCAACAACAGCAGCAGCAAGAGCAACAACAACAAAGGUAGUCCUGCAAAGGGAAACAACAACCGAAGAAGAAGGAACCAUCCGAGAAAAGCAGCUCCCAAAUCCACCAAGGAUGAUUCCAACACCAAGGAAGCGAAUACAGGUACGAACCAAAGCAAGGCGUCGAGUCCUUCCAAGAAAAAUGCAAACAACAAUCGAGGAAGAGGAGGCAAUCCUCGCAACAACAAUUCCGGAUCACGAGGCAACAAAUCGAAUGACACGAAUAUCAUUUAUCCUACCUACUGGACAUUGGAGGACUGUCUUACAAAGUACAAUGCCAAAGAUCCCAACAUUAUUCGGGGAACCAUUCGUGUGUUGCCCAUGAAAGAUGCCAUGGCAUUUUGUACCUGUGAUCGAGGCUCUCAACAAAUGGAUGUCAUGCUAGCAGGUCCACUGGAACGGAACCGGUCUUUGGAUGGAGAUACUGUCUUUGUCGAACUAUUACCGCCAGGUGAGGAAGUAGACGAAACGAUGGAGGACCAAGAAGAAGUAGAAGGAAUGGUAGAAGAAGAAGUUGUUGGCGAUUUAGACUCGGAUUCGGAUGAUGGUAGCGGUCGCGACGAAGGAGGAGAAGUAGAAGACGAAAUCAUGGGAGACGAGGAUGGUUCCCAGUCGGAUGGAAGCGAAUAUGGGGACGAAGAAGAAGGAGAAGAAUCCUGGUGGCAAGAUGAUUCCGUACAAGUAGACUUGUGGGACCCACUCGUUCCCAUUCAGCGGAGCAAGGGAAUCUCCAAACGGGCAUCUUCCAAUGAAGAAGACCAACAACGGCGAGGUCGUGUGGUGUACGUCGUCCCACCAAAGGCCUAUGCUUCGGAAAUCAAUCCGUCACAGGAAACCAAGGCAUCCUUUCGCAAGAUUGUGGGAACCUUGAAACGAUUGCAGAGUGGGACGACGCUGUUGACUUGUUCCAACAAGUCGUUGCCACAAUUUCGGCUUUCCAACCCAGAUGCCAAGAAAUUCAAGGCAGCACCUAACACUGCCAUCUUUCAAGCUAGAUACGACUAUGGGGCUUGGAUGGAGAACCAUAGAUGGCCACCGUGUUCCAAUGUUGUGCAAUUUGGAGAAUCCUGUAACAUUGAAGAUGAGACUGCUGCGCUGUUGAUUGAAAAUCAAGUGGAUCAUGGUGAGCAUCCGCCAGAAGUCCUGGAGGAAUGUCAAACUGUGGUGGCCUCGGGAGAAUAUUCCAACGGUGCCGACUCCGGUUGGAAACCAACACCAGAGAUGCAUGAGGGCCGAAGAGAUUAUCGAAAACAACGAAUUUUUACCAUUGAUCCUACUACCGCCAAAGAUUUGGACGAUGCCUUGCACAUUACCGACCUUGGGAAUGGUCAAGUGGAACUUGGUGUGCACAUUGCAGACGUUUCUUAUUUCAUGGAACCAGAUUCCUUAUUGGACGUGGAAGCCCAACGUCGUUGUACCACUGUCUAUCUGGUGGACCGAGUCAUACCCAUGCUUCCUCGUCCACUGUGUGAAAUUGCCUGCAGUUUGAAUGAAAACGUCGAACGAUUGGCAUUUUCAUGUGUCUGGAGAAUGAACAAAGAUGGAAGUGUCGUCAAGGGCCACAAAGUUUGGUAUGGACGAACUGUCAUUAAAUCGUGUGCCCGUUUGGAUUAUGCCACGGCGCAAAACAUUAUCGACAACAAAGUAGCGGCGCAUGAAAACGCAGAGAUCGAGGAAGAGCUGUGGCCCAAGAGCCGACGCCCGACAGGUGGUCAUACCAUUGAAGAGGUAGCGGGAGAUGUCCGAUUGAUGAAUGAAAUCGCCCAAGCCCGCCGCCAAAUGCGAUUUCGCAAUGGAGCCUUGGGACUCAACUCGGUCAAAUUGACCUUUCAACUCGAUGGUGAUGGCGAAACCCCGUUGCUUUGCAAACCGUAUGAAAUUCGCGAUUCCAAUCGUUUGGUCGAAGAGUACAUGUUGCUUGCCAAUUAUCUAGUGGCCCAACGCCUGAUUACGCACGCAGGUGGCCUAGCCUGUUUGCGGAAUCACGAAGUGCCCUUGUACGAUGGUUUGGAGAAGGUAGCUGCCGUGGCGCAAGCGGCCAUUGGUUUCAAGGUUGACAUUGAUAGUUCGGAAGGACUCCAACGAUCACUGAGUCGACUGGCUCAAGAAUGUCAAGACGAAUUAGUUCUAAAGUGCGUGACGGAAAUGCUCAAAGUUCCCAUGAAACCUGCUCAAUACAUUGCCGCCGGCAACUUGUCCCCCCACGAAUGGGCCCAUUUUGCCUUGAACAUUCCGUAUUAUACCCACUUUACCAGUCCCAUUCGGCGAUAUGCCGACGUCAUUGUACACCGUCUCUUGCAAGCCACCCUGGAUGAGACUGUGGAAGAUUUCGAGUGGACCGAAAAGCGCAUUGGCAACAUUUGCGAACGUUGCAAUGACAAAAAGGAAGGCUCCCGCAAAGCCCAAGAACGCAGCGAUACUGUCUUUUUGGCACUCUAUUUGAAAAAGCAUCCCUUGAAAGGCCAAUUGGGCAUCGUCUUGUCGGUCGGUCAAAAAACCUUUACCGUCUUUUUGCCUUCCUUGGGUAUUUCGGCCUUGGUAUUUUUGGAGGAACACAAGGAUUGGAUUGAAUUCAAGGAUUACACAUUUGGCAAGGAGGGCGUUGGUAGUGGUGACCAACUCCCCGACAAGCGCAUCAAGUUGACUAGAAUCACCAAACACAAGGGAGAACAAUGGAAAGAGUUGGAAAUCAAGUUCUUUCGUCGAGUGCGAGUGACCUGUGUUUGUUCGGACAAGGCACCGAUUGCUGUCAAGCUGCAACUGGAAGGGCCAUGGACUGGAAGCAAUAAAUGA